AUGCCGCAGCCGACUCAGAAUUGGGUUCUCCAUGCCGAGAACCGCCUCAUAGCAGAGCAGCUGGACUUCGACCGCGGUGAUGAGCGCCUUGCAGCUGCCGCAUCUAUUCAGAACCUCCACACAAAUCCGCACCAGACCGCUGCCUUUGACGAGAUCAUGCACUGCAUACAGGAACACAUCCCCGGUGUUUUCUUCGUCAAUGGGCCUGGUGGUACUGGCAAGACUUUUCUAUACAACACUAUCGCGCAUGUCCUCCGCGCUGAUGCACAUAUUGUUCUCUGCUCCGCAUCGUCCGGAAUCGCUGCCCUUCUCCUACGUGGAGGCCGCACUGCUCACUCCACGUUCAAAAUCCCCAUCAUUACUCUGUCUGACGCAUCUACGUGCUCAUUCUCGAAAUCCAGUGCUCGCGCAGACCUCCUUCGUGCAGCGGACUUGAUCAUAUGGGACGAAGUCCUUAUGCAGCAUCGGUACACCGUCGAGACCCUGGAGAGAACCCUGUGUGACAUCUGCUCA